AUGGAAGCCAACAACGCAUUAGAAACAAAUCAGAAUAAGCCUUUAAUAAAUAAUGAGAUAUAUCAAUUGACUCAAGCUUACCAGGCAAGCUGGGAAGAACAAGUUAAUAAGGAAAUAGGAACCUCAAUGCUUACUCAAAAGCAGGAACCAUUAGAUAAAACAGACCUGUCAGAAAAUCAAAACAUUGGCGGAAACACAUCAGCAACUAGGUCUGAGAACAGCAAUCAUACACCAAAACAAUGGUCUAACUUAUUUGUAAAACUGAAGAGAGGCCGUUCUAUCUUUAUUUCAUUUUCUCCUAGGGCAACUAUUAAGUCUAAAAAUGACAACACCCUUAUAAUAGAUAUUCAUGAAAUUAUGAUUAAAAUUUUUAAGGAAGUGGGACAGGACAUAGUAGCAGCCAAACCUCAUAUGAAAAAAGGUUCUAGAACGUAUUUGGAAUUAAUAUUCGUCAACAAAGAAGAACUUAAACACUACACAGUUAAUGGUAUUAACAUUUUCAACAAGACAUACUUUGGGUUUAUCCCAACUGACACAAGAAAGUCAUUCCUUCCUAUUAAGAAUAGAAAUGUCUCUUUAGGAAAUAAAGCAGAUAUCUCUAAGGCAAUAGAAGAGACAUUCAAAGGUAGAAGGCUACAUAAAAAGAGACUGCGAACGGCAAUAUCUCUCCAAAAACAUUAUCAUAAAUUUUUAAACAAGAAAAAUAAUGAACUUCAAGCACCUUCAAUACCCCUCAUUCCAGAACAAAACAGAACCAAAAAUAUCCAGAAAAUUACAAAGCCUGAAACGAUAAAUUCAAACUUACUACUUAAUAAGGAUGUGACUACAAACAUAGUACUGAAUAAAAAUGAUGAUGACUUGCUCUCACAAUCUUAUAGCAAGGUCGAAAAGAAUUUCACUCCUAAGGAAGGGGAAAAGAACAUAUCUCCCCCUCUCAAACUAUUAAUGGAAAAUCAACUUCCUCUUCAGGGCAAUAAUGAUGACAACGGAUAUGAAAGAGAUAGAAUAGAUUCAAUUCUAAAAGAUAAACAAGAAAUCUUAGUACUACAAGCUCUUCAAGCACCUAAUAUUAGUUCCAGAGCCUGGCCAACAGAAUGGAAACAAUUCUUGGCAGUUUGGAAAAAUGCAAAUGGUACCAUUAAAGCUAGUUCAAAUUGGCCCUGGGACAAGGAAGACUUUUGGAUAGGAAGAAUAAAAGAGAGUGAAUUUUCAGUUAAAA